GUCGUUUCCGGCGGUUCCCUGGUAACAAUGGAGAAGGAAAUGGCCGCCUGAGCGACGUGCAGGGCAGCGGCCAGCCUCUACCACUGAGUCUCCCCAACCGGGCUCAGACGGCGGUGGCAGGAGGCGGGAACAGUCGCCGCAGGCCCUGCGGGGGAGUCGCGUCCCAGCAGCGACCCCUAGGCUUUUGGGAUUACUGAAAAGGAAGGAAAAGAUGAAAGUAUUACAGUGAUCCAGUGAGUGAUGAAAAAAACAUGAAGAUUUGGAGCUUGGAGGAAAGAGAAGCAAAGUGCACAGCGUGUUGUGGCAGUUGAAUGAUGCUUAGGUUACCUUGACCUUAUUUUCAAAGAUAAUUUUCCAUUCAAUCACCACAAUGGAAAGCUCAGAUUCUAACGAUAAAGGAAACGUCGAUCAGUCUGAAGCACAACGUAGGCGUCAGCUGGAUCGAUUGGAUCGGGAAGAAGCUUUCUACCACUUUGUAAAUAAUCUGAGUGAAGAAGAUUAUAGGCUUAUGAGGGAUAACAAUUUGCUAGGUACCCCAGGUGAGAUUACUGAAGAAGAAUUAUUGAGAAGACUUCAUCAAAUUAAAGAAGGUCCCCCACAACAAAACAAUGAUGAGAAUAGAGAAUCAGCAGAUGAUGUCUCUAACAGCGAUUCCAUCAUAGACUGGCUUAAUUCAGUCCGACAGACUGGAAAUACAACAAGAAGUGGACAGAGAGGAAAUCAGUCUUGGAGAGCAGUGAGCAGGACUAAUCCAAACAGCGGUGACUUCAGAUUCAGCUUGGAAAUAAACGUGAACCGUAAUGGGACCCCAAAUUCAGAGAACGAAAAUGACCCAUCUGUUGAACCUUCCAUUGGUGAAGAUACAGAAAAUAAUAGCCCAAGUGACAUCGAAACUCCAAGAGCUGAGUCUCCAUUUAUCAGGCCGCAUGGAUCCGAAAGAAAUGCCCUUGAAGAAUUAACUGAAGAAAUAUCUCUUCCUAGAGGUCAGAGAAGGGCAAGAAGCAGGAGUCCAGAGCAACGGAGGAUCCGAGCCAGGACCGAUAGAAGUAGGUCACCUUUGAUUUCAGUAACUGAGCUUCCCCGAAGAGGCCAUCACAAUGUCACAUCUCAGACUUUCGAGCAUUCUGUGGUAAAUGAGGCAGCUGAGGGGAGUUCUAGAACUCGGCAGCACGUGACAUUGAGACAACACAUGAUGGGAACCGAACUGUCAAACGAAAAUGCAAUUUCAUUUUCCACUUCUGAGAUGAGAAACGGCCCUCAGGCAUCGGGUUCUUCAGAAACCAGUGGGAGUAACGAAUCUCUGGCUCCUGGACAGAGACCUCCAACUAUAGUCCUUGAUCUUCAAGUGAGAAGAGUUCGUCCAGGGGAAUAUAGACAGAGAGACAGCAUAGCUAGUAGAACUCGGUCGAGAUCUCAGUCAACAAACAACACGGUCACAUAUGAAAGUGAACGUGGAGGGUUCAGGCGCACAUUUUCACGUUCAGAGAGAGCAGGAGUAAGAACUUAUGUCAGCACUAUCAGAAUCCCCAUACGUAGAAUCCUAAAUACGGGAUUAAGUGAGACUACUUCAGUUGCGAUUCAGACAAUGUUAAGGCAGAUAAUGACUGGUUUUGGUGAAUUAAGCUACUUCAUGUACAGUGAUAGUGAUACAGACCCCAGUGGCCCAUCCUUAAGUCCAAGUCUUGAAGACCCAGAACUUCAGAAUGCAGGACUGGGUAGUAGUGGUAGUGGAGGAGGCGUUAGUGCUAGUACUAGUGCUGGCGGAGGUGCCAGUAGCAGUAGCAGCUCCAGCAUUGAAAGUUUAGAACUUAACUCCGAGUUAUUUGAUGGUAGCAACGAAGGCAGCUCAUCAGGUGUUAGACGAGAAGGUAGGAAUAGGGAUAGGAGUUCGGUCACAUUUGAAGAAAGCGGUUCUUUGCCCUUCCUUAGUCUAGCUCAGUUUUUCCUCUUAAAUGAGGAAGAUGAUGACCAACCAAGAGGACUCACCAAAGAACAGAUCGACAACCUGGCGAUGAGAAAUUUUGGUGAGAGCGAUGCAUUGAAAACCUGUAGCGUUUGUAUUACUGAAUACACUGAAGGCAACAAGCUUCGGAAACUGCCUUGUUCUCAUGAAUACCAUGUUCACUGCAUUGACCGCUGGUUAUCAGAAAAUUCCACUUGUCCCAUUUGUCGGAGAGCAGUCUUAACCUCUGGAAACAGAGAAAGCAUCGUCUAACCGAGAUCUGGACUUUGAGUUAACCGGCUGUUUAGAGUGAUGGGCAAAAACAGAAAACAGAUGUCUCUUGCUUUAUGGCCACUUUUUGAGUGGUAUUAAGUGUAAUAUCCUGGAGUGCAUCUUUGCUUCCAAUAAAAUGUUCACCCCUUUCCCAACUCCUAUUCGAAAUAAAAGCCAAUUACUUUAAACAGCAACAUUUUAGGGCCCGGAAAAUCUGACUUUGAGUAUCAAUAAGUAUCUAUUUUAUUGAACAUAAUUAUAUCAUAAGUAUUUUUUUGUUUCUCUUAAUUGUUUUUAAAGAUAUGUCUUAGUGAUGGUUCCUCUCAGUUUCAUUUUGAUCUUGAAAGAUCCAGUCCCAUCCCAUCUAGGAGAGAGCCGUGUAAAAUGGGAGCCCAGGUUGGAAUUAGAUUUCAUGUAAAUUUGUUUGUUACAUUUAAGCUCUACUGUCUCCAGCCAUUAGUUUAAAUUCACCUAAAUUGAUAAUAUGAUUUGUUAUAAUUACAGAUUAGAUGGGCAUGUCAGUGUAAAUAACACUAAAGGUAGGGUCUUCUAAUUGUAUAGCUGUCUCCUAAGCCAAUCAUUGGCGCACACUGUAGAGUGAGCUAUGAUAGUUUAAUUGGGAUAUUUAUCUUGUUGUGGAAAUAAUAAAAAUGCCUAUGCUUGUUUAAAUAAAAAUCACUUGGGGGCGGGGGGUUAAAAAUGUAAGGCUUUUUUUGUAGAGGCUCAAUAUUCUUUCCAGUACAGUGUUGUAUUCAUUGAAAAUUUAAAAAGCACUAUGCUUAGAUGUAAAAAGAUGACUUUUCAAAUGAGGGCCAGUAUCUGUAGAGACACACAUAAUGAUACAAAGCUGUAUUUGUUACAUAAAUGAUUGUCAAGAACAGCUUAUCUAGAAUUAUUCCUUUAUAUGAACAGCUACAGCAACCUGAAAUGAGCAGGACACAGUUCAGAACUUAGUCCUAUAAUUGCAUUCAGUACCAAUGAAGAGCAUUUUAGUGAUGUUUGAAACUUCAGGAAUGCCAGCAGAAAGGAGAUGGGUAGGUUUCGGUAGGAGAGAAAGCUCUGAAGAGCAUAACUUGCACUUGGUCAGGUGUAGUCAUUACACAGAGAGGUCAACACAGGCUUGAUGCCAUUUAGUCUAUUUGAGUAGCUGAAGGCGCUGUGUUGAAUUUUGAGCAAUUUGGAUUGAGUUUUGGGUUUUGUUUGGUUUUGUUUGGUUUUUGUUUUUUUAAAAAAACAACAACAAAAACCCAAACCACACAGGACGGAACUGAGAUUUUCACAACUCUCGAUGUUACAGGCUAAUCUGUCCCCAAAAGUGAUAGUGAAGGUGCAAGACUUAAAAUGCAUUUUAGCAGAAGCCUUGAGGUUUUGUCAUUUCAAAGUUUUGCUAUUUAAAGGUUAAAACAUGCUCAGUCAACCUUAGUUGCUGUCCCUUUACUAUAGAUACACCAUCUUACAUUUCCUCUUUUAAAGUCCAUUUAAAAAGUAAAGCGCCCCUCCCCCUCCCCCAGUUUAUUGAAAGUGUUAGUGAUAUUGGCCUAUAUUUGAUAUUUAGAGAUCAAAUGUGCUAUUCUUUGCUGUCGUUGAAGGUGUCACUACUGAUAUUCCCCUUCCUUCACCCAUUAGUGGUAGAACACAAGCUUACCUUUAGCUUGUUUCCUUGGUAGUGGGGAAGGGUUUGUGAUGAUACCCAACCACUUGUAUGGUGCCACAUGUGACCAACAGAUGCACCUGAGACCUCUGCCUCGGGGGAGCUUAAAGAACAAGAUUUUUGUUUUUUAAACAGAGCAAAGCGGCCCAAAUUGGGCUUGAACCUAUGUCCUUGGCCGUAUUUAGACAGCAUUAAUAACCAGAUGGACUGAGGGGGACAGGCAUAUUCAAAUGUCCUUCAAAGUAAAAAGUUGAGUGCUUUGGACUUUAUCUGGGUACCUUAACCAGCAUUAGCCUGGCAAUUUACUAAAAAUUUGUGCUGGUCUUGCAAGGAAGGUCCAAAACAUCCAAACCAAGCCUCAUUUAAAAAAAAAAAGUGAGCAGAGGUCACCUUUAUGCUGUGUCCAUGAUGAAAUUUAUCUUUAAAAUAUGGAAUUGGACAUUGAAGAUUCAGAAUUCCAUUCUAUCAUGGAGCACAGCUUUUUAAUUUUUUUUCUGAGGGUGUGCAAGCCACUCUUUGCAAAUCCACAGGGGUAGUUUUCUGAUUGGCUAGAAAUGAUCUCCUCUCUGUGGAACAUUCCAUUGCUUGGGGAGGAAUUGGGCAAUGUUCCACCUGAGCUGGCUUUGAAACAGAUGCAGCACGUUUUAGGCAUAGACGCAGUUUUUGUUGAGGAUGGGGCACCUCUAGCCAUCUACCUUUACCUUCUAUGAUGUAUUAAUUUAGGAAGUAUUAAAGAAGGGAGUCCUAUGGGAUGUUAACACUAAUGAACGUGGGUAUGGGAGCUGUUCUCCACAGGCACUGGAAACAGUUUGAGUUUUUAUUUUGCGGUAGAAUGCACAUGACGCUUCUAACGUGCAUGUUGGAGGCACCUUUUUCAGAAGCACUCAUUAAUCUUCCAUUGGAUUGUGAUGUGGGGUUUACUACUUAAUUAUAAAUACUUUAUUUUUUAACUUUACAAAAUUUGUAACUUAUGUAUCUUCCUGGGAAUAUGGAGAUUGACUUAAACCCUGAGCAUUAUUAGCAGGGGUCAGAUGUACAGUGGAGAGCAAAAAUUUAUAUAUAUUUUCCCAGCUAGCAGCUGAAUGCCUAUUGUUUUGAGGACCUGUUCUCUUUUUAAGAGACUGCUUCAUUGUGCGUCUCUAGUUUUAGUUAAUUGCAUAACAGUUCUUUAAGUCUGUAUGCAGUAAUAGCAACAAGAUAGAGGCAGCAUUAUAUAGUGGAUAGGGAGCUGCCUUUGGGGCCAGAAGCCCUGGGUUCAAGUCCUCCUGACACAUAUACUGUGACCCAUGGCAGUUCAUUUAACUAACUUCUUGGUGCCUCUAUGACUGUUACUGAGGACGAUAGUUCUGCAGAGGAAGAGAAUAGAGAGGGAGUUUCCAUGCUUGAAGCUCCCUACACCAAUGGAGUCAGAGGUCUGGGCCAAACCACCACCACCACCACCACCACCAACAACAACAACAACAAAACCACCCCAAGAAAUAAGAUGAGAUUUAAGUUACAAGUUUAGGGGAAUACUGCAAACCAGAAAGGAUUUUCUGGAGGGUUUCAAUUUUAAGUAAUUAAAAAUGUGUUAAAGGGUUUUUGUUUUGACUUUAAGCAAUUGAUAAAAUCAACCAAGAUUUGUUAGUGUUAGGUUCUACAAGUGCAAGUUUUCUCAGUAACAUUUCAUAAUGAAGCACUUUGAAUAACUGCUCAGUGUAAAUGGAGUUCUGGAAGGUUUGCUUGGUUGGAGGGAGAUAAGAUUGUUCCUGUUACACUUAGUAACAAGAUAUUUAGGCUUUAGAAUUUCAUUUGACUCAGUGAUCUUUUUAAGCUGUUUUCUUCUCAGAUGUUGACCUUCAUCUGACUCUUUAGAAACUGGUUGGGUAUUGGCAUUCAAGUAAUUUUUCUCUUAUUGUCUCUUCCCCGCCCCCCCCCAACAAAAACAAAAAUAAAACCCAAACCAAACCCAGUCCUUCUGAUGCUUAGUAGCUUGAUAUCUGAAAAUUUGCUUAAUGAUUGGAAUAUGAUUUCUAUUUACCAAAUGGUGAUGGCUUGAAGAGGCCUAUCUUUAGGCUUAGUCAUUUUCCAAAUACCUGUUUCAUAGGGAGGGUAAAGAACAUCACAAAGCUGUUCUCUACGGUCAGUUCAUUAUUGAACUGGCUUACAGUGACACCUUGUGGCCAUUUUAACACCCUUUCCAACAAGGGAGGAUUUUCAGAGUCUCAAAAAUAAGAUAGGUUUUCUGCCUUAAAAGAAAAAAGCUGUUAAAGGGUUUUCCCUUCAAUGAUUUCCCUGUCAAAAAUCAUUACUAAUUUUUAAGUUCAAAGAAGCCAAAAUAUGGCUGGCAUGUCUCCUGGCAUGGAGCUAACUUAAGUAUACAAAUACAAGGCACCUAUUUUUAAGGUAUAAUGCAUUUCAGUAUUUUUUUGGUAAAUAAUGCAGUGCUGUUAUCUACUUGGUUACGGGUAGAUUAAACAUGCUUGUGAUUGGGGUGGGGGGGUAACCCUUUGGGACAAUAAGGCAACAAAUCAUGGUGAUUGGAAAGAUAAGAGCAAAAAGAUUGAUGUGGAACCCUUUUUGACUCUUCAAAUCCUAAGCCGAUGUUGGUUUGCUGCCUGCCCUUUCUUUAACUUUCCAGUUUGGAAAUCCAAGGGCCUUUGAUUUCACCGAAACUUUUUCUAGCAAGCAAGUUGUUUGCACCAUUUUAUUUAGGUGAGAGCAUCCAACGGUUUUUCUGGAGUUUGAGUUUGGCCAUCUGGUGCACUCAGUGCAGUGCCAUUGAGGUGGUGGCGCAACUCCGAAGGCAUUCUGUUCUUUUAACCUUUUUGAUUAUGGUCUCUUGUCUUUUCUUUAGGCACCAAAUCAAGUGUCUCAAAUCUGUUCCCAAAUACAGUUGCAGUGAGGAUUUGUUUUUUGUUCUGAAAACAACUUUCAGAAAGCACACCCAUAGGUUGCAUUAUAGCCACCUGGGUUGAGAGAGAAAUGUGUGUAUGAGUGUGUGUAUGUAUGUGUAUAUAUACACAUAUAUACACACAUAUAUACACAUACACACAUAUAUACAUACAUAUAUAUAUAUAUAAAUAUAUACCUAUAUAUUUGGAUGAGAUGCAGAGGUGGUUAACAACCCUAUUAUGCCACACUGUGCCUUGGUAUUUUCAAGGCUCCUCUAGCAGUCCCUGUCUUGUAUACUUACUGCAGUACCUUGCAAGGUAUGGCUGUAUCAGUGUCCCAGCCCUUCAUUCUAAAUAGUUAGUGCUCCUUUACUAACAACCUUAUUCUGCUGUGCUUUGGUGUGGGCACCUGCAGCACCCUGGGAUUUUAUCUCCUAUUAGCUCCUGUAUUCUGGUGCUGCUUUAGGGAGUAGGGCCAAGUCAUACUAUCAAGUAUCUAGUCCAGUAGGUGUGCAAUUGGCUUCUGUAUCUGCCUGUUUUAUCUUCUGGGACGUGCUGCUAUGGGUAGAUGUUUACUUGGGUCUAUGUAAAAAAAAAAAAAACAAAAAACAAAAAAAAAACAAAACAAAACCAAAAACAACAAAAAAAACAACAAAACAACAAAAAACAAAAACAAAAAACUGGGUGUCAAACCUGGGAACUUUCUGAAGCCCAUGAGAAUCUGGAGAGGGAAUUGGGAGGGGAAGAGCAACUAACACUCACUGGCUUUGUGUCUGUGCACACAAAGCGUAGAAAUGUCUGUUGUGUAAAGACUAACCAGUGCUUGUCAUCCCACGGCUUCCUGACCUGCAGGAGAGGCUUUCCCUUCUUUCAUUCCAGAAACAGAAUGGAGCUCAGAAUGAAUUUAUUUGGCUGCCUUGCUUUCUCUGGUUUCUCGUUUUUCUUUCAUUUUGACCUGAACUCUCCUCCAGCAGACCUUUCAGUUGGGAAGUCCUGUGUUUAAAUGAGAUUGUAUUGCAUUUCCUUUUUUGUACAAUGUUUUAAAUCUGUUAAAAAUGAACUUGUUUAUUUCAAAGCAAAACCCUGAAGGGCCAUAUUAAAACAGUUUAUUCUUGAUAGUUAUCUUUUGGGAGGAGUUUAUUUCCUAUGUAAAUGUCAUACUGCAAAUUUAAAUUAUAGUCUAUCAAUAAAAUGCAUGAAGUGAU